AUGCCACGGUCUUGCAAAAGAAAAUCAGCAAGAGGAUCAUACGAAGAAGAGUCGCUUCGUCAGGCAUUAGCGGCCAUUCAUGAUGGAACACCAGUAAAAACAGCUGCACGGCAGUACAGUAUUCCUCAACGAACACUAAGACGACACCGGGAUAAGAAAGUAUUACAGCCGGGAAAAUUAAAAUUGGGACGAUUCGAAUCGGAUAUUCCCAUUCAAUAUGAAAAAGAAUUGGUGUCCCUAAUUCAAAAUAUGGAAAAGGCUUUAUUUGGUUUAAGCAUUAUGGGUGUGCGAAAAUUGGCAUAUGAUUUUGCUGAGAAAAUGGGCCUGAAGCAUCGAUCUAGUAAAAAGACAAAAAUGGCAGGAGUAGAUUGGAUGCACGAUUUUUUUGCAUCAAAGCUAACAGAUGAACCCUUACCGAAUACAGUCACUUUAGUUCAACAAACACCUGAAUCUGUGAAACCUGCACAGGAAGUUGAUCAUGCAAAAAAAAAUCCUAAAACGACACUGUUGAAGAUCAUGGGUCCAAUUAAAAUUGACAACGUGAGAACUAGAAAACGAAAAUCAGAAAAAGCUGCCCUUUUGACAUCUAGUCUUUACAAAAAUUUACUCGAAAAAAGGGAAAAUUCAAAGACUAUGUCAAAACAACAACUGAUAAAUGGUAGCGGUAAAGAAAAAAAUUGA